AUGGCAUACGUUGCGCCUAUCCAUCGCGCCACGAGCAUUCGCCAUGCGCUCAGAGCUAAUGUCAUUGAUCCCGAGAUUGAUGAUUUGAUUGUAGCCAAAGCGAACCGACUCGAGAUAUGGCGUCUCACAGAAGAAGGGCUGUUAUGCCAGCAGACGAAGCUCAUCCAUGGCACAAUAUCGAUGCUACAGCGUUUACGACCCAAAGGAUCCGAGACCGACCUAUUAUUCAUCGGAACCGACAGGCUCCAAUAUUUUAAUCUGAUCUGGAACGACGCAACGAAGCAAUUGGAAACCAUCGAGCGAGUAAUUGAGGAUUUAUCAGAGCCAUACAUGCGCCAGUCGCAAAGCCAAAACAAAUGUCUAGUAGAUCCGACUGGACGGUUCUUAGCGAUGCAUCUUUGGGAAGGAGUGCUGAAUGUCUUUAAACUCCCUACACGCAAGGGUUCUACUAACAAACUGGAAGUACUUGACCAGGUCAGACUCACCGAGUUGUUCAUGAAAGCAAGCACGUUUACCUACAGCUACACUAACCAUCCGACCAUCGCCUUCCUAUACAAGACACAAAUGGACCAAGAAGAAACUCGGCUGGUCAUAUAUAGGUUAACUCAUGACGACAAGGGAAACACAGUAUCCAAGUUCGAUCCACAUAAGGAUAGGGAACUUGACAUCGAGAUUCCCGACCCAUACGCCUCUAUGCUUAUUCCUGUCCCCUUGGAUGAAGAGAAACGUUACCAUGUACGAAAUAAUCAGGGAGCCAAACCACACUUGGGUGGUCUUGUCGUUGUCGGAGAGACUCUCCUAACCUAUUACGAUGGCCAAACGCACAGGAGUGUGUCUGCAGGCUUGAAGGACCCCAGAAUAUUUGUAGCUUGGGCAGAAUACGACAGCACUCGUUAUCUAUUGGCCGACGACUAUGGACGUCUCGAUCUUUUGACUAUUCGGACGAAUUUAGAACCAACCGGCGUUGUCGUGACCGGUAUGACACUUGAGCCAUUUGAAUUCGAUAAGUCGCCUGCCAUUACUUCGAGAGCGUCUAGCCUGGUUUACCUUGGCGAUGGGAAUCUUUUUGUUGCUUCUCAUCAUGGCGAUUCCCAGCUUUACCAAAUCAAUAUCGACACCAAAGCAGUUAUGCUGGUGCAGUCCUUCUCAAACAACGCCCCGAUCCUGGACUUUUCCAUCAUGGACAUGGGUAAUCGGGAAGGCGAUACCCAGUCUGGUAAUGUCUUCUCGUCUGGGCAGUCAAGAAUUGUGGCGGGAUGUGGUGCGUACCGCGACGGUACUCUGCGGAGUAUUCGAAGUGGUGUCGGCCUUGAAGACAGAGGUGUUCUUGAUGAGUUGGAGGGAACUAGGGGGCUGUUCACUCUCCACUCUUACGGCUCCAAAAUGGUUGACACUUUGGUUGUGUCGUCCAUCACCGAGACAAGAAUUCUCAGCUUUGACCUCGAAGGCGGCAUUGAAGAGAUUUACUCCUUUCAAGGUAUGUCAUUGGACAGUGAGACGCUACUGGCAUCAAACCUUCCUAGCGGACAAUUACUUCAGAUCACACCCAAGUCAGUUGUCUUGCUCGACCCUGAGGGUGGUACAACAAUCAGCAAGUGGGACGUUCCAGAUGGUAAAACGAUUACAAGGGCAUCGGCAAACAGCAAAUGGGCUUUGCUAUCAGUUGACGGAACUUCUCUCGUUUCGUUGAACCUACUACAGAAUUUGGCUGUCAAUGCACAACAAAUCAACAACGAUUCUACUUCGCAACCUGAUCAGAUAUCAUGCAUUCAUGCUGCCCGAGACCCUCCAGACCUUGGAGUGGCCGGCUGGUGGUCUUCAGGUCAAAUAUCACUAAUCGACAUGGCUUCGCUAAAGCCGCUGCAUGGAGAGUCCAUGAGGCAGACCGAAGAUAGCGCCACAGUCCCGCGAGAUGUUGCGCUUGUUCAAUUGCACCCCCCUAAUAUAUCGGGACCAACGCUUCUAGUUGCAAUGGAAGACGGCAACGUCGUCACCUUCAAUGUGUCUACCAAAGGUUUCUCAGUCUCUGGCCGCAAGAGUGUGACUUUGGGCAGCAACCCGGCUCGCCUUCACAUACUUCCCCAAGAGGAUGGCACUUCAAACGUCUUUGUGACCACUGAGCAUGCAAGUCUCAUCUAUAGUUCUGAGGGGCGUAUUAUAUUCUCGGCCACAACUGCUGACGAUGCCACAUUUGUUGCCCCCUUCAGUUCUCAUGCGUUCCCCGACUCUGUCGUUCUGUCGACGGACCAACAUAUCCGCAUUUGUCAUGUUGAUCGGGAGCGUCUAACUCAUGUGAAGGCCCUCCCUGUUAAUGAGACUGUCAGGCGAGUGGCAUACUCUCCAGGGCUGAAAGCCUUUGGUCUGGGCUCUAUCAAGAGAGAACUAGUCAAUAAUGAGGAAGUUGUUACAAGUUCAUUUAGACUUGUUGACGAGAUAGUCUUCAAAGAACUUGGAUCACCAUUCGCAUUGAAUGGUUCAAGUUCUUUGGAACUCGUGGAGUGUGUUAUCCGAGCCGAGCUGCCUGACGUUGGUGGAAACCCAACCGAGAGAUUCAUCGUUGGCACAAGUUUUAUCAGUGAUGGCGGAGUGGAGGAUCCAAAUGGCACUCUUGGUCGUAUUCUGGUCCUUGGUGUUGAUGCGAACCGUCAAGUGUACCAGAUCGUGUCCCAUAAUCUCAAGGGCCCUUGCCGCUGCUUGGGAAUGAUCGAAGAUAAUAUUGUGGCUGGACUGUCCAAGACAGUCGUGGUGUACAGCUUUUCACAGGAGACAAGCAGCUCCGGUUCACUACAAAAGCUUGCUGCUUAUCGACCAGCUGCUAUCCCCAUUGAUAUCGAUGUAUCGGGCAACAUGAUUGGUGUAGGCGACCUGAUGCAGUCACUGUCUUUGGUCGAGUUCAUUCCGGCACAGGACGGCAACAAAGCACAAUUGCAGGAACGAGCACGACACUUUGAGUCCCUCUGGACCACUGCGGUCUGUCACAUUGAAGGAGAAAGGUGGCUCGAAGCGGAUUCUCGGGGCAAUCUUGUCGUUCUUCAACGAAAUGUGGAUGCCCCAACAGAACAAGACCGCAGACGAUUGGAAAUCACAAGCGAGAUGGGCAUCGGGGAACAAAUCAAUCGCAUUCGAAAGCUCAAUGUUCCAGCAGCGGAGAACAACAUCGUGCAUCCGAGAGCCUUCCUCGCAUCGGCUGAAGGCUCAUUGUACCUUUAUGGCGACGUUGCGCCCCAGUAUCAGGACCUGUUGAUGACGUUUCAGUCUAGGAUGGAAGAGUGUGUUCUUGCUUUGGGUAACGUCGAAUUUAAGCUAUGGCGUUCUUUCCGCAAUGAUAACAGAGAGAGCGAAGGUCCUUAUCGCUUUAUAGACGGAGAGAUGAUCGAGAGGUUCUUGGAUAUGGACGAAGAGCAACAGGAGCUGGUCUGUGACGGACUUGGACCGACCGUUGAAGACAUGCGGAAUCUGAUUGAGGAGUUGAGACGGAUGCAUUAA